UAAAAACUUAUGCCUGUGUGGACCUUUUCUUCGUGAUCACCAGGAAGGGCAGGAAAAGCUGGAGCAAAAAAGGUUGUAGGUGGCUGAAAUGGCCAUUCCCAAGGUGCAUUCCAGCCUCUCCUUCCACCUCUUGCUCCUCCUUCCCUUUUUGCUUAGUGCUGCAACGCACUGCCAGGGGCGUCCUUUCUUUGGACCACCUACGGUUAACGUGGCUGUGGUGUUCAGCGGCUCUGCCCACCAGGCUGAGAUAAAGGGACGCCUGAGCCGUGAGAACUUCCUUGACCUGCCUUUGGAUGUAAAUCCCAUCACUGUGCUGGUGAAUGACACCAACCCCAGUGCGCUGCUGACACGCCUCUGUCAAGCUAUGGCUGCCGAGAGUCUCCAUGGUAUAGUGUUCGAGGAUGACAUUGACUCAGAGGCUGUGGCUCAGAUCCUAGACUUCAUCUCUUCCCAGACUUCCAUUCCCAUAGUGGGUAUCAACGGUGGGUCUGCCCUGGUCAUCCCUCACAAGGCUGAAGGGUCUACCUUCCUCCAGAUGGGUGCAUCCAUUGUGCAGCAGAUCAAUGCUAUGUUCAAAGUUAUGGAGGAAUACAACUGGGGUAGUUUUGUGGUAAUUACCAGCUUCUACCCUGGCUAUGAAAACUUUGUGGACUAUAUUCGCUCUUUCACGGAUACCAGCUACUUCCUGUGGGAGCUUCAGGAUGUGCUAAGCUUUGAGAUGUCAGUGGGGGUCAAUGACAUCCGCUCACGCAGACUGCUGCAGCAGGUGGAUGGCCAGGUGUAUCUGGUGUACUGCUCACACGAGGAGGCUGAAUAUCUGUUCAGAAUGGCAUCUGAUGUUGGGCUGUUGGGGCCUGGCUACAUUUGGGUCAUCCCCAGCCUGGCUGCAGGAAACCCAGAGGCCACACCUCCUGAUAGCUUCCCGAUUGGGGUUAUCAGCAUCAUCUCUGACCGCUGGAGGAAAACACUACGUCAGAGGGUGUGGGAAGGUGUGGCGGUGGUCGUUAAUGGUGUGCACAGUUUCCACAAGCACAGAGGAUUUGUUCCUGAAGGUCACAGUGACUGCAAUGGUACAGCAAAGUCAUAUUCAAACCAUUCACUUUAUAGGCAUAUGCUUAAUGUAACAUGGGAGCACAGAGACCUCUCCUUCAACCCUGAUGGUUAUCUCACAAACCCCUCCAUGGUGAUCAUUGCUUUGGACCGGGAGAGACACUGGGACAAGGUAGGGAGCUAUGAGGCAGGGAUUCUGCACAUGCGCUACCCAGUUUGGCCACGCUAUGGCAGCUUCCUGGAGCCCGUGUCUGAUAACCGUCAUCUCACCGUGGCUACGCUGGAGGAGCGGCCCUUCGUCAUUGUGGAAAGCGUUGAUGCCUCCACGGGCACAUGUGUGCGCAACACCGUGCCCUGUCGCCGACAGGCCAACAGGACAGAAGCUGUGCUGGGUCGCUCGGAGCCCUACACCAAGCUGUGCUGCAAGGGCUUCUGCAUCGACAUUCUCAAGAAGCUUUCACGCACCAUCAAGUUCUCCUAUGACCUCUACCUGGUCACCAAUGGGAAACAUGGGAAGCUGGUUCGAGGCACCUGGAAUGGCAUGAUCGGGGAGGUCUUCUACAAGCGUGCGGAUAUGGCCAUUGGCUCACUGACAAUUAAUGAGGAGCGUUCAGAGAUCAUCGACUUUUCAGUGCCAUUUGUGGAGACUGGGAUUAGUGUCAUGGUGGCCAGGAGCAAUGGCACUGUCUCUCCAUCUGCAUUUCUAGAACCUUACAGUCCAGCAGUAUGGGUCAUGAUGUUUGUUAUGUGCCUAACUGUGGUGGCCGUCACGGUGUUUGUGUUUGAGUACUUCAGUCCCAUUGGGUACAACCGUAGCCUAGUCAGUGCCAAAGCCCCAGGUGGUCCUACCUUUACUAUUGGCAAGUCAGUGUGGCUCUUGUGGGGGAUCGUCUUCAAUAAUUCUGUACCUAUAGAAAACCCUAAAGGCACAACCAGCAAAAUCAUGGUCCUAGUGUGGGCUUUCUUUGCUGUUAUCUUCCUAGCUAGUUAUACUGCCAAUUUAGCUGCCUUUAUGAUCCAAGAGCAGUAUAUUGACACCGUCUCUGGACUCAGUGACAAAAAGUUCCAGAAGCCCCAGGAGCAUUACCCACCUUUUCGUUUCGGCACAGUCCCAAACGGCAGCACAGAGAGGAACAUUCGCAGCAAUUACCCCGACAUGCACACCCACAUGAUCAAAUACAACCAGAAAGGAGUGGAAGAGGCGCUCAACAGUCUCAAAACAGGGAAGUUGGAUGCCUUCAUAUAUGAUGCUGCAGUGCUUAAUUACAUGGCUGGCAAAGACGAGGGCUGCAAGCUGGUGACCAUUGGCAGUGGGAAGGUGUUUGCUACUACAGGCUACGGUAUCGCACUGCAGAAGGAUUCCCGCUGGAAGCGCCCCAUAGACCUGGCUCUUCUCCAGUUCCUAGGCGAUGGUGACACACAGAGACUGGAAACUGUGUGGCUAUCUGGAAUAUGCCAGAAUGAGAAGAAUGAGGUGAUGAGUUCCAAGCUGGACAUAGACAACAUGGCAGGCGUCUUCUACAUGCUGCUGGUGGCUAUGGGCCUGAGUCUGCUUGUCUUUGCUUGGGAGCAUCUCUUAUACUGGAAGCUCAGACACUCUAUGCACAAAUCUGAGCACUUAGACUUCCUCCUGGCCAUAAGCAGGGGUAUAUAUAGUUGCUUUAAUGGUGUUGAGGAUGUGGGAAUAUCUGGCAACAUACAGAAUCCUGACAUCACAACAAACUAUGCCCAGGCCAACAUGCUGAAAAUGCUGCAGACAGCCAAAGACAUUGUCUCCUCAGCGAAGGUGGAGAAUUCUCUUGACAAUGCCACAAAGACCAUUGAGCACUGGAGCCGGCAGGGGGGUAAUCUGCCAGCCCGCAACCCACAGGUGACCACCACUGAGACGGUCCCUGGUCACUUGUCCUACAUUACAAACCUCACGGAAACCCAUUCGGUCCAUGGGCAGGGCUCACUGACUCACCCGUUUACACGGCAUUAUGCAAACAUUACCAGCCUGCCACAUCCACCUAGCAACAGACUGAUAACACGGCCCACUCCACUACGCUACACCCUUCCCUCCAGGUCAGCGAGCAUAUAUAAUGGGAUGUUUCCCAUAUCCAGCAUCAGCACUCCUCAUUUGGCCAUGCAUGAGCCUCAUUCCCAAAAGUCAGCCCACCUGGGCUCCCCCUUCAUUCCAUAUAGAGACCUGCAGGUACCAGACAUCUACGCAGAGUACCAGGAGUCCUGCCGCCCCUCUGAUGGCUCCAGACGGAAGAAGAGGUCCCGUAGUGCUCUGGUGGAGUCCAUGGAUCUUAGAGGGAUACAUGAUUAUAAAAACCAGACAAUAUGCCUGGCAGAACUCAGAGCCAGCCACUUUGCCCAAGCGCAUGCUCCUUCCCCAUCCAUAGAAAGCCCCUAUCGGCCAGGAGACACUACCUGUAAUUCCUGCGUUAAGACCUACGUGGAGCCAGUUCUGGAUGACGUACCCCUGAUAGGGAAGAGGAAGCUCCAUCGCAGGCCCUCCUUCCUCAAGGCCACCUGGGGCCCAGACAGGGUGAGGUUUCCGGAUGACAGACCCACUGUCGCAGCUCCCUCCCAAGCUAACCUGCCAGAUCUGUUCCCUUACACAGAGAUGUGUAGAAGACAGAGAAACAACAUGUGUUACCCCUUGCCCAUGGACAACAUUUAUCUUCAUCCAUUCCGUCGGCACCCUAGAAAAGGCCAGAAGCUGAGGCACUCCCAGUCUACCCGGCUGCCCUCCUACAGGGAGGCAGUAUUUCACAAUUCAGCAGCUGUGAGGAGAGCCACCAGCCUACUGCACAGACAGUACUCCUACCCAGACCUGCCAGCCUACCAGAGCACGUUGCCAUACGGACCAGCCGAACUGUGUAACAUCUUCCCCUGCAUAUGGCACCCAAGUGACACUGUGUAUGGGGGAUACAGGGCUGCCACACACAUGCAAGAUAACAAUCUACUUCCUAUUCCAGCGGGCAGGGUGGUUCACAGGGCCAGCAGCCCAGAUGUACCCUUGACAUGGGGCAGGAUCUCAAGCCUGGAAUCUGAGGUUUGAGCAUUUCCACACAGCUGUUUGCAGUGCUUUUGAUCUCCAAGCUCCAUCAAUAAACUCAUUACAACCAGUUUAUACACUCUGCCUUUGAUUCUUGCAAAAACAAACCUGGAAACUCACUUUGGGCUUUCUUUGAGUCUAUGAAGUGCAAUAAUUCCAAGAUUGUAUAAGGGAAAUUCUUUCAAUUAACAUACCUUAAUGCAUCAUUAAAAUGGCAAAUAAGAAAUUUGUGUUAUGUCCUGGGUUCAGGAGAUAACAAGGAAAUUAAUAAAUUAUUAUUUGAAUGGAUUGGUUUGAUGGGGUUUCAGGUAAUUGCAGUAUAUAAAGUGUUAUUGUUACUGUUCUUCUGAGGUAAAUAUGGUAUUGCUCCAUGUAAUCCUCUAUAAUACUGGAUUUUAUAUUUAAAAAAAAAAAGGACUGGAUUUUCAGGAGUUUCUCUCUUUCUUUCUCUAUCUCUCUCUUCUUCUCUUUUUCUAUAUGUGAGUUUCUGAAUAGAGCAAAUUGAAUAUUAAUCUAUUAUUAGUAUCACCAAGUACCUCCAACAAUUUAAUGUGUCAUGAAGGUCUACCAGUGGAUCCCAUGGAAUUUUUGUCAUUUCUAUAAGGGUAUACUGAGAGAGUAGUCUUUAUACUACCUUCUAUAUUCAAAUCAACAGCAUAUUUUAGAUAUUAGGUAUUGUGGUUAAAAUAAUUUUAAGUGAGGUUGUCUAUUAUUGCAAAUGACAUAAUAUGACAAAAUUAUCCUUUAUAUCAAUAUGUGGGUAGUGCCUACACAGUUCUGUCUAUAUCCAUAACAUCAAAGAGUGCACAAUACUGUUAUAUAAAACAGCUAUUUUUCAUUAUAAAGCAUUAGUUGAUACCAAGUAUUACAAGUACUUAUCAGUUUCUGUUCAUUUGUACUUCUUCAAAUUAUUUAUUUAUUUAUUUAGUGUGUGUGUGUGUGUGUGUGUGUGUGUGUG